GUCACUUCCUAGUGCUGCGGUGAGACGGGUGACGUCAGUUCGCUGUUCUUGCAGAUGAGAACGUGCCCGUCCGUCGAGAGGAGAAGCAGCGAACACGCUCGCGCAUAGAACCGUAGCCGAUUCAGACAGGGCACAGUGGCGCCGGUACUUUGCUCAUAGACGCUUAAAAUAACACUUAACCGCCGAUGCAAAGGCUCGGCGAGUAGGCGGCUAGGCUGGCUUCACCCGACACCACGAGAGCAACCGGGACACGCCGGUGACCGGAGCUGUCCGGUACCUGCGUGCAUGCGGACAUGUCCUCAGCAAUUACGAACGAUGAGUAUCAGCGGUGGGUGCCCACUCAUGUGCAGGUGACAGUGCUUCGGGCCCGUGGAUUGCGCGCGAAGGGCAAGCAUGGCACCAACGACGCCUAUGUUAUCAUUCAGGUGGGCAAGGAAAAGUACUCCACGUGUGUUAUGGAGAAGACCAUGAAUCCGGAGUGGGGAGAGGAAUGCACGUUUGAGCUCCAGCCGGGGGUGCUCGAGCCAGGCGGACGCGACGUCUGUCCUCCCGGGAGCUGCGAUCUCACUCUCACGGCCAUGCACCGGGCGCUCAUCGGUCUGGAUGUCUUUCUCGGGCAAGCAGUAAUUCCUCUGGAUAAGGCUUUCCAGGAUCGAAUAUCCAUGAAAAAAGAAUGGCACCGUCUGCACUCCAAGACUGGCAAGAAGGAGAAGGAGCGAGGGGAGGUGCAGGUGUCCGUGCAGUUCACGCGGCACAACAUGACGGCCAGCAUGUACGACCUGUCCAUGAAGGACAAGCCCCACUCGGCCUUCGGCAAGCUCAAGGAGCGCAUCCGCGGCACGAAGCACCUCGGCGACGAGGACUCGGCCUCCGCCAUCAUCCCCGGGGGCUACGGGGUGCUGGCCAGGAUGCGGGGCCGGUUGCCGAGCGACGGCGGCGGGGAGGAGUACUACGAGGACGACGAGGGCGGCGAGGCGCGGCGGAGCAAGAUGAGGAACUUCUUCCUGCGGGGCCGCCUGCGCAAGUCGUCGGACACGCGCUCCAGCACGUCGCUCGGCUCGGAGAGCAGCGAGUCGUCGUCGCGCGGCGGGAGCCUGAGCCCCACUGCCGGGAUCAGCGUCGUCGUGUCGGACCUGUCCAACUCGCCCAGCAACAGCAGCAACCUCACAGCGGACAACAGCCCAGACCACACAGUCGCCCCCUCACCCCAAGUCUCCCCACACAAGCGUAUCUAUGACGACGAAGUGUGUGAGAUCUCCAUCCCCGUACCCCAGUCUUUCACGUACGACAGCCUGAUCACCGAAAUGGUGUCCUCUACUCCGUCAUCCACCGCCGUGGCCAACGGUCAUCCAGUCAAGCAUGCCCCAGCUCCCCACACCCCCAAACCGAAACCUCAGCCUGCGGCCCCCUCCAAGCAGGGGGGCGAGCCGGCCGCCCCCAAAGCCUUGUCCCUGUCCCCUGCUCUUGGUUCCCGGCAGAAGGCCUCGGCCAUGUCGCUGUCCCUCCAGAAUCUCUCGGUGUCGCACCGCGCGGAGGAACCACACCCGGGGCCCGGGGACGGCCGCCGCUGGUCGCUGGACAGAGCCGGGGAGGAGGAGCGGGCCGCCAUUUCAGCGGCGAUCGAGAACGCCGGGAAGCUGGAGGAGGAGGAGAGGAGGGCGGCCCAGUUCAAGAAGGAAGCCACCCCGGCAGUCACUGCGGCCGACGGCGAGGUCAAGAAGCAGAAGUGGGGUCUCUUUUCUCAUGGGAGGAGCGAAUCGACAGGCAAGGUGGCGACCGCGGGCAAGGGCGACACAGCUUCGGCCCCUUCGGAAGGGAAGCAUAAAGGAUGGUUUGGCUCGAAGGACUCUCACAACAAGCCCAGCUGUUUGGUGUCUCAGGGUGAUCCUGGCUCCAACACAACCCCCAACCAAUCACCUUUCAGCCCCCUUGAUCUUCCUCAGCUUGCACCCCCUUGUCACACUAACCCCUUCACUGCUCCACCACCUCUCUCAAACGCCAAUCCUUUCCUUUCUCUCCUUCAGCAAAACCCUUUCUUUCAGGAGAUAUACGUUGAUGCUGCACUAACCCCUAAAAUGUCUGCUUUUACCUAUUCCUCCAGCCCUGUACCUUCCAAUUUGCUCUCUGGGUCUUCCCGCCUCCUCGAAUCCCAUGUCACAGAAGAGGCCCCUCCAGGAGACGUUAAUGGAAUGGCCCGUCUACCUCAGGGAGUGACUGACGUAGCAAACGAAGGAGUGCAUUUUAACCCGUUUGUUUCUGACAUGGAUGGGACCCAGGCAUGGAAGUCUGGGGACCCAUCUCAGACACCCGAGUUUCCUGACCCCUCAAUACAAACAAACCCCCCAAACAUGGAAAUGGACACUAAUUUUACUGCUCUGACUAACACUAACACACUUAACACUCAGGACCUCUUACAGCUAAGCCCUAAUGAAUCGCAGAGCUCUUUACCUGAGAAUUUGAGUAUGGAGUUCACUAGGAUGCACAACUUAGCCUGCCCUUAUCCAGGACUGUUACUGCACCAGAUGGACACUCCGAGCCGCUCCGAAACAUCCCUGAAUGAGACCUCCCACGGCCAAAUGCCUCUUGGCAGUGUCUCAAAUUCACAGCUGGCUGGCUCUACCACCACCUGGGUAAGACUAGCAGGCCAGUCUGUGGAAAUGUCUGGAACUGCUGAAGGAGUUGCCUCUCAGUCUACAGAGCUGGAGUCAGCCGUUUCACCUCUCGAGAUUGAUGUUAACGGGAGAGAGGCUGACCUUGGAGCGGUGCUCUCUCCAAGUGCUGGUGCUGAAGUGACGGAGAUGAUGCUCGCUCCCUCCAAGGAGCCACGGGUGUCUGCAUACAGGGAGAUGAGCUCAGAUGACACACUGGAAGCCUCCACUAUCGUGUCUUACUCUCCGGGACGGGAGUUGGACCUUCCUGCUGGUGACCCUUUGCCAAUCGGUCUUGAGAGCUCACAUCAGGAGCCCAGAGAGGAGCAAGACAAAGAAAAGGACAAAAAAGAAACGGGUGACUUAGAAGUGAAGGAACCUACUGUAGAUGCGGCUGAUGUGGUGGUCUUAACUGACUCGGACACUGCAACAAAACAGGGAGUUGACUCCAGGGUAGUGAGUGAGUGUGCGGGUUUUGGCUGGGAGAGUGUGGAGCCCUCUGUGGGGAGUUCAGUACAGACGUCGAACAGAACAGGCCCUGAAAGUGUAUCCUCAGGCAACCAUAUUUUGGAUCAUUCCCUCGAGGCCGAGAGCCCUUUUUCCGGCUCGCUCAUCUGCAUCAUGGCCUCCUCGCCUGGCGAAGGCCUUAUCUCCUCAGAGUCACGCUUCGCCGAUGACUCAGCUGUACUGAGUCCCACAAGAGUUUUACAGGACAUGUCCCCAGACGACAAGCAUUUACCUACCAGCCUUCGUACAGGCGAGCUAGAGACACUACAUCAUAAGGUCUUGGAGAGCCCUGUCAGCCUUCUGCCCUCUGCUAGCCUUAGCUCAAAUGAUAAUGCUAACAGCACUGUUAACCCAUUUGUUAGCGCUGAUUCAGAUGCAUAUGUUAGCCCGCUUGUGAGCAUGGGCCCUGAUGAUGCCCAUAUUACUAGCAAUCCCUUUUUCAGCCUAGCCACUGACAGUGUUUGUGCUUCUAGCCACAAUAGUAGCAUUAGCCCCAAUAAAGAUCUGCUGCUCGCUCCUCAGUCAACUCGGUUUCUCGGUAGCCUCCUCUAUGAAAGUGCUGAAUCUGAGUGUUACCACACCUGCAGUUCGCAUCAGCGUCAUCGGUCUCUUUGUUCACAGCGUUCACUGCCAUUAAUAACAGCAAAGGACCCUAUGCAACAGCUGAUAGCAUUUUAUGAUCUCGCUGUGAAUACCCAGCCCUUACAAGACCCCUGUCAAAACACUAGGCAAAUACAUGACCCCAAAGUAGAUGAUGUGUCCCAGUUUAACCUCUCGCCCUUGUCUGCACUAGCUAGUGACCUCCAAAUGAAAUCAACAGUGCACAGAGAUGUGAGCUCUCCUCUCUCUUUGCCAACAAAUGGCAUUACACAAGAAGCCAUUCCAAAUCAAAAUUCAUCACUAUUGAUACAGAGGGGCAAUUUUGUAGAGAACUUUGUGGCAAAAGAAGACCCCUUACCUGACGUUCUUUGGAUGAGUAAUCUGAAAGACAAGGCUAUGUCAGAACAGUGGUCUUCACCACCACCUAUGUUGGCGUGUGAUCGAACUGCUGAAUCCAUGCCAAAUUAUGAAUUCACAGAGGGAGUGGUGCCCAAUUUUGACGUGACCCAGAAAGACAUGCCAAAGUCUGUCCUAUUGCAAGAGGUGCCAGCAACCAAAGAUAUUGAGAUUAAUCCUUUUGUUGAUGGUAAAGUUGACAUUUUUCCAAGAGAUUCAGUCUCUAGAUCUCCUUUUACAACGGAAAGUGAAGUUCAGGACUUGAGUAAAUUCCCUGUUGAUUGGGCCGAAUUGAAGUGGGCAGCAGUGGGUAGCACUGGGGUAAAAAAGGAAGUGAUGUCUGAAGCAGGGGCCUCCCUUUUGAAUGAGACUUGGGCAUCUGCUCCAUCUUGGUUGACCCCGGUGACUUCUGAGGACCAAAAUGACCGUAACACCCUCCCAUGGGUCGUAUUUGACCAAUCACUACAUGGCCUGAGCGGAGGUGUGUCUGAUGGAACCCUCCCUUCUUCGUCCAUAUCUCAGGAUUUGGUCGUCACACACUUACACCCUCAGUGCCCUCAAACAGACACACAAGCUAGUCUUAAAAGUAGUCAGGAGCAACUUGACCUCUUCGGAAGCACUGUAGACCCUUUUCAUGGGUUUCCUGGAAUCACAGACCCCUUUAAUGGUGACCCCUUCCAUUCAGUAGCAUCUGUCUUUGAUAGCAGUCAGCCAAAGCCAUACAAAAUGGACUCCGCAAAACGUGCGGCAAAAGCAAUGCCAACCGUGAAGACGGCCCCCAAACUGUCCCUCAGACCUGAGCUACAGCUACUAUCACCUCUUGCUUCCUCUACUCCUGCCGCAGACCCCUUUCCCUUGUCUUUUCCUGCCGGCCCCUCUGCUCUGGCGAUCCCAUCAUGUCCUUCCCCCAUUUCCAGUGAUUUGAUGAGUGCCUCACAAGCAGCCUUUCCCCAGGAGCAUCAACAGGCAUCCAAUCAGAUCGCCAGUCCACACCCUGUGAAGCCACUGACUCCACCAGGAGAAGAGAAGAAGUCUGAAAGUCGCUCAGUGCUUGAGAAGCUCAAGUCCACCAUCAAUCCAGGCCGCAGUCAGUCAGAAACCGACAAGAAGACUCUGGUGGUGGAAGGGGGCGGCUCCUACUACCACCUGAACCACAGUGAGCUGGUCUCACUGCUGCUUCAGAGGGAGGUGGACCUUCAGCGAGAGCGGGCCGAGUUUGAACGGCGGGGGGCGUUGCUGGAGAAGCGUGAGGCGGAGCUCCGCAAGAACAAGCUGAUGAUUCGCGACUUGGAGGACUACAUCGACAGGCUGCUCGUCCGCAUCAUGGCCGAGAAACCCACGCUGCUUCAGGUCAGCCGUACCAAACUCAAAUGAGAGGAGGGAUGAGAAAAACAAAAAUCACCCCUCCAAGCUAAGGACAAGUGAACUCCCACCCCAGUGUAGCCUGAUGUCUGCCUGAUGAAGCGUUCAUCUGAAUCUCCUGCGAAAUCCUCAGCAGAUCCCUGGAUAAAUAGCAUCUGCUGCACCGCUCCAAAAAAGUUGGCUGCAUUUGCAUAGAGCUCUGCCCUACUCCCCUACUCCCCCCACCCCUCCCCCCAAGUGUUUGCUGACUUCCUCACAUCAAUGGGCACAGCCGUGAGGUUACCGAGUUAGCAUGCUUAUGUAUACCCCAAAAACACAUACAUACUCACCUGUGUUCAGUGACAGGGAGGUGGUGGUGGGUUCUCAGGUAACAGGCGAUGUAUGUGUGAGUGGAGAGGGUAUUGGUGUGCCUGUCCCUUCAUGCACUCUGAUUGGGGCAAACUGUGUCUCAGCCUGACUUUGAUUAGAGCAUCUCUGCCCCUCCCUUGUGCUGAUUGGACUGUCUAAAUCUCCAUAGGGCGGCCUCGCCCACAGCUGUAAACCAAAUCCAGGGCCACUCACACACGUGCACUGUCUUUAAACACACACACAAACACAAACACAAAUCAAACAUGAACCAGGCAAUGGGGGUGGAGUGUUCUCUGACGUCUUAAAAUGUCCAAUUUUUAUUUUGAAGCUGUCAUGUUGCCAAGGCAUCUGUCAUUGCAAAAGCUUUGCUCUGCUGCUCUAACACCGCUGACCCUGAACUGAGUAAAGAGGAAGGCGUUAAGGGAAAAAUCUGUACUGAGUACAGCAUAGAGAAAAGGGGAUAGGAUUAGUGUGUGUGUGUGUGUGUGUGUGUGUGUGGUGUGUGAGGGAGAAUGAAUGCACACGAAUAAGAUUGCCAAAUAAAUGAAUAAAGAAUAAUAUUGCAUUCAUUGAUUGCUGCUCUCGCACGCUUUAAGCAAAGGAAAAAUCUAACCUGCUGGCACUUAAGACCCCUGCACGCACUCGUGCAUCUGCAUCCACAUCCUCUCUCUCUCUCUCUCUCUCUCUCUCUCUCUCUCUCUCUCUCAUAUUCUUUCUCUCUCUCUCUCUCUUCCCCCCCCUCUCAUCUCCCCUCCUUUCCCUCAAUGCUUAUUUGGGCUGAUUGGACUCUCAGCUGUAGCGCCCUCUGCUGUCCAUCUGCUUGUCUGUCACUCCCACCCAGCAUGCUGACUCUGGCUCGGAUCUGGCUGUGAUCUGGCCCCGACCCGGCAGCACCAGUGUGUGCAGGGUCGGAUCUGGCCCUGGAGUCGCCCGCCAUGGCUGGGGGAUGGAGGGAAGGGGGGGGGGGGGGGGUCGGCGGAGAAUCACGCCUCUGUAAAGAAAAUGCCAAUUGCUGCCUUACUGUACUUGUACCGUUCGUUUCUCAGUCCACCACUCGAUCAGCACGGUAGAGAUAACUCCGAAUCGGCUGAAAUUUGGGACGAGGCUCACACCCCAAAAGCCUGUCCCUGUGACUGUUAAAGAUUAACAAGCAUACGCUCGUGGAAGGGGGGAGAGAGGGGGGGCAGAUACAGCCUUAGAAAAGAUAAGAGGGAGGAGAACAUCACAAACUAAGAGGUGGAUGACCGAGAAAUACCAAAUAAAUGAUUUAUUCUUAAAGAAAGACUUAAGUCGAUUAUUUGCGCGUAGUGCAGUGUGGGGACUUUUAAGUCGUUCACCUCGAAAUUAUUCUUAAAUGCAGUCACUGUUGCAGUGUACAGAUGAUACUGUGUUUUAUUUCUAAUGUUACUCCAUGCUUCUCUGAAUACUAGUCUGAUGUUAGCUGGUAGAGCUGUGUGGUAGAGGUCCGCUGUAUUGUCUCACCUCACUGCAGAGAUGAGCAGGCCCAGGCCGAGAUCUGAUUUGACGGCUAACUUGGUGUCACCGUGGACAGCCAAUCAGUCACAAGCUGAUCUUCCCAAGACAUUAGUGAACAAUAGAUGUUGUGAGUGAGAGUCUCUUCCUUAAGUUAUUUUCUUGAGGUACUCUUGGCUGAGAAUAUAUGGGGCCUGUUCAAAAAAAAGCUUUGUCAAGUCAUCACAAUGUGGCUGACAGUUAGUGGUGUAGUUGUCUCUCACUGGCCGCCUGCUCUGUAGUGUUGCUUGUGAACGUGCCCUCACCGAAGGGCCAAACACUCGCUGAGGCAGAGCUUUGGAAGCUAGACUUCCUGUAGCAAACACCUACUUCCUAUUUGCACAGGUCCACCACUCAGCUAGAAAAUUCAGUCUUAUGCGUCUCAGUAAUCAUUUAAUAUGUAUUACAUGUGAACUAGCACUAACACAAGUAAUAAAUAAAUAAUACCGUCUUCCCUUUUCAAAUGUUUUUUAGUUUCACUGAUUGUGUUGGUUAUCUGAUUGUAGUGUGUGGCCCGUGGAUUGUUCAGGUUUAAGAUAGAGAAAAGUUUACAGCUUUUAAUAAUAAUAUAAUAAUUCAUUCUCAUCUGAGUUUAUAUAUUUAAUAAAAACACUUCUGUUCUGUUCUGUUCUGUUCACUUCUGUUCUGUGUUUUGAAUUUUUUUUCCAUUUCCAUUUUGGUAUUUUAAUGAAUUGAGAGACUGCGCUAGCCUUGGUGAAAGGAUCCCAUUGUGAUUUGGAUCCUGAGUUUUUGGUGAUUCAGAAAUGGGCGUCAAUUGGAUGCACCUAGACGGACCUGCAGCGUAAAUUCAAAUUUCAAACGGGUCCGUCUGGGGUUCACCCCGGCUAAGAAUGUACAGGAGGUUCUGAUCAUUUAACAUGUUAAACUUAAUUAAAUAUAUUUUGGGAAUUGUUUUCAGAUUGUUGUUUAGUUCCUUUGUUUUGCACAUAUUGUCUAUGGAUUGCAGAGAUAUUGCUUAUUUCUACAUUAAUAAAUACCACUGGGAAAGAAAGCAAGAUUUUUUUGCAGGUGCCGAAUUAUAGUAAAAUGAAGCUAAUAUUCAUUUUGCAAGUAAUAUGCAAAGAAAGUUAUAGUUGUAUACAGUAAGAAAGUAUGUUUUGAUCUAAUUGUCAAGGUUCUCCCCAGGGGAACAAAAAUGUACUGUAUGGGAACAAGGUUCCAUCUGUGAUGUUAUCUGAAUGUUUUGGUGAGUUGAAUAUUUCUCACAAUGAGCACAUUUUCUUUUGAAAUUGUGUAAGAUUAAAGGGUUUAUGGGUAACUAACCAGUGUUUCACAAGGCGUGUGGUUGAUGCGGUUCUUUUGUAUUUCAUCAGAACGCACAAAAGCAAAAUUCAGUAAUACAUGAUCUCUUACGUCGGUAUGUACUUAAGCCAUUCUUCAGGCUGAAACAAAAAAUAAUCAUAUGGCCAAACCUAGCUCUCCUCUAACACUCUAUACCUCUUCUUUUUCUAUCGUUUCUCUCUUUUCUUCUCUCGCAUCGCUCAUCAUGUCUUUCUACUUCUCUCCAUUGCCUCUCCUGUGCCCUCUGGUCUUCUAACCUCUUUAGGCCUGUUGUUGACAUGCUCACUUUCUAGGAUGUCUGUAUGCACAUGAACAGUAUAAAAUGGAGAGUGACGACAACGGCGAGGGAAAUGCUGUGACUUGUUGGAUGUAGCUUCUAUCUGCCUUUCUAGUAGAAUGUAUAGCUCUUUUGGUUGUGCAGUGUACUCCUCCAUCUCACUGGAGGCUGAACGGGUUUUGUGUGUGCAAGCACACACACACCACAGAUUCACACCUACAGUCAAACACAAAAUGAGUCUGCUGACUGACCAGUUGUUUUGGCAGAUGUGUCAAACUUUGAUUUGUGUCAAUGAUAUGAGCACUUGGUCUGCCAUGUACACAUAUUUAAUAAAAAAAAUGGCUAAAAU